UUUGCUCCCACAAGCUCACCUUGAAACCCUCUCUCUCUCUUUCUUUCUUUCUUUCUCCCCCCUUCUCUUUUCACACACACUCUAUCUCUCAUGUUUGGAGUAGUCACGACCAGGGUCGAUGACCAACUCGGCACAACAACCACACCAACCACCAUAUACAUAGACCCACCUUCCCAAGACCAGCCUAGUCACAACUCAGACCACCGUUCUAUAGAAACUCUCGUCGUUGUCUUAGCUGUCAUUACCAUUUUAUCCGUUUUAGCCGGAGUCAUCGCUCGGCUCUGCGGCGGCCGCCAUUUAUCUGACGGCGGAGACCACGACAUCGAAGGUUGGGUCGAGAGAAAAUGUCGUAGCUGCAUCGAUGCGGGAGUUCCAACGGUCGCCGCCACCCCUCCACCUCCACCACCACCAACACCUCCACCUCCGCCGCCAGCAGCAACGGUUGAAGAGCAGAGUAAGCCAGCAGCCGAAGAGCAAACUAAGAAGUGAAAGUACAAAAAAGGGUAAAACUGCAUACUUCGAUUUAGCUGUAACAUUAUGUAAUAUCAUUAAUUUUGAAGACAUCUUAUUUUUAUUUUUUUUUGUUAUGUACCUUAGUUUACGGACAUUGAUUUCGGAAUUUCCUCGGAUGUUUUUGAUUAUUAUUUCUUUCA